AUGGCUAGAAUCAUCUUCUACGAGGAGAGGAACUUCAUGGGCCGCUCCUAUGAGUGCAGCAGCGACUGUUCGGACAUGUCGCCCUACCUGAGCCGCUGUCACUCGUGCAGGGUGGAGAGCGGCUGCUGGAUGGUGUACGAUCGCCCCAACUUCAUGGGAAACCAGUAUUUCCUCAGGAGGGGCGAGUACGCCGACUACAUGAGCAUGUGGGGCUGGGGCAACAACUGGAUCAGGUCCUGCCGCAUGAUCCCAAUGUACAGGGGCCCCUACAGAAUAAGGAUGUAUGAGAGGGAGAACUUCAUGGGGCAGCAGAUGGACGUGACUGACGACUGCGACUCCAUCACCGAUCGAUACCACUGGUCCGGCGGAUGCCACUCGUGCCACGUUAUGGAGGGCCACUGGCUCAUGUAUGAGCUUCCUCACUACCGAGGCAGGAUGUGGUACUUCAGGCCCGGAGAGUACCGCAGUUUCAGGGAGAUGAUGGGAAUGACCGGCAUGAGGUUCAUGAGCAUGAGACGCAUCAUAGAUUCCUGGUAUUGA